AUGAGCUCCGAUGGGGAAAUGGCGGUGUUCGGGCCUGCGGCCCAGUUCCUGCGGAAGUCCGAGAAGGAGCGAGCCGAGGCUCAGAACCGGCCGUUCGACAGCAAGACGGCGUGCUUCGUGAGCGACGCCGCGGAUCUUUACGUGAAGGCGGAGAUCCAGAACCGAUCCGAGGGCAGAGUCACCGUGAAGACUGGCGACGAUCUAACGUUAACGGUGAGGGAGGACCAGGUGUUUCCAAUGAAUCCUCCAAAGUUUGAUAAGAUCGAGGACAUGGUGAUGAUGACGCACCUGCAUGAACCGGCCGUCCUGUUCAACCUGAAGGAGCGAUACGCCGCCUGGAUGAUCUACACGUACUCUGGGCUCUUCUGUGUGACCGUCAACCCGUACAAAUGGCUGCCGGUCUACAACCCGGAGGUGGUCCGCGCCUACCGGGGCAAGAAGAGGAUGGAGGUCCCGCCGCACAUCUUCGCCCUCUCUGACAACGCCUACCAGUUCAUGCUCGCCGAUCGGGUCAAUCAGUCCAUCCUCAUCACUGGAGAAUCUGGAGCCGGGAAAACCGUCAACACCAAACGUGUCAUUCAGUACUUUGCAACAAUCGCCGUGGCAACAGACAAGAAAAAGGAGAGCAGCAGCAAAAUGAAGGGGACUCUGGAGGAUCAGAUCAUCCAGGCCAACCCGCUGCUGGAAGCGUUUGGGAACGCCAAGACCGUGAGGAACGACAACUCGUCUCGCUUUGGUAAGUUCAUCCGGAUCCACUUCGGAGCCACUGGGAAGCUUGCGUCGGCAGACAUCGAAACAUAUCUGCUGGAAAAGUCCAGAGUGACGUUUCAGCUGUCAGCUGAGCGCAGUUACCACAUAUUCUAUCAGCUCACAUGCAACCAGAAACCUGAACUCAUCGAUCUGCUUCUGAUCACCACCAACCCGUAUGACUUUGCCUUCAUCAGUCAGGGGGAAAUCAGCGUGAAAAGCAUCAACGAUGCCGAGGAGCUGGUGGCAACGGAUGAAGCCUUUGACAUCCUGGGCUUCCUGCCUGAUGAGAAAGCGUCCGCCUACAAGCUGACCGGCGCCGUUAUGCAUUACGGCAACAUGAAGUUCAAGCAGAAGCAGCGGGAGGAGCAGGCGGAGCCGGACGGCACCGAAGAGGCUGAUAAAGCUGCCUACCUGAUGGGUCUGAACUCUGCCGACCUCCUGAAGAACCUCUGCUAUCCCAGGGUGAAGGUCGGGAAUGAGUUCGUGACCAAAGGUCAAAACGUGCAGCAGGUCUAUAACUCCAUCGGCGCUCUGGCCAAGUCGGUGUAUGAGAAAAUGUUUCUGUGGAUGGUUCUGCGCAUCAACCAGCAGCUCGACACCAAGCAGUCCAGACAGCAUUUCAUCGGCGUCCUCGACAUCGCUGGCUUCGAGAUCUUUGAUUACAACAGCAUGGAGCAGCUGUGCAUAAAUUUCACCAACGAAAAGCUGCAGCAGUUCUUCAACCACCACAUGUUUGUGCUGGAGCAGGAGGAGUAUAAAAAGGAGGGCAUUGAAUGGGAGUUCAUCGACUUUGGGAUGGACCUGGCAGCCUGCAUUGAGCUCAUUGAGAAGCCGAUGGGAAUCUUCUCCAUCCUGGAAGAGGAGUGCAUGUUCCCCAAAUCAUCCGACGCUUCCUUCAAGAACAAACUGUACGACCAACAUCUGGGCAAGAACAGCUGCUUCCUGAAGCCCAAAGCGGUGAAAGGGAAGCCGGAGGCCCACUUCACGCUGGUGCACUACGCCGGGAACGUGGACUACAACAUCAGCGGCUGGCUGGAGAAGAACAAAGACCCGCUCAACGAGUCCGUGGUCCAGCUCUACCAGAAGUCCUCCAACAAGACCCUGUCUAUGCUGUACGCCAGCUUCUCUGGAGCCGAAGAUUCGGCCGCCGGAUCCAAGAAGGGAUCCAAGAAGAAAGGAGCGUCUUUCCAAACUGUGUCCGCUCUGUUCAGGGAGAACCUGGGGAAGCUCAUGACCAACCUGAGAACCACUCAUCCCCACUUUGUGCGCUGCUUGAUACCAAAUGAAACCAAAACGCCAGGUGAGAUGGAGAACCAGAUGGUUAUUCACCAGCUGCGCUGCAACGGCGUCCUGGAAGGAAUUCGCAUCUGCAGGAAAGGAUUCCCAAGCAGGAUCCUGUACGGAGAUUUCAAGCAGAGGUACAGGAUCCUUAAUCCCAGCGCCGUUCCUGAAGGUCAGUUCAUGGAUAACAAAAAGGCUGCAGAGAAGCUGCUGAGCUCCAUCGAUGUGGAUCACACUCAGUACAAGUUUGGACACACCAAGGUGUUCUUCAAAGCCGGGCUGCUGGGCGCCUUGGAGGAGAUGAGAGACGAGCGUUUGGCGCAGGUGGUGAUGUCCGUCCAGGCUCUGUGCCGCCGGUUCCUCGUACGGAUGGAGUAUCAGAAGAUGAUGGCCAGGAAGGAGGCCAUCUACACGCUGCAGUACAACCUGCGCUCCUUCAUGAACGUUAAGCACUGGCCCUGGAUGAAGCUGUACUUCAAGCUGAAGCCUCUUCUGAAAAGCGCCGAGGCCGAGAAGGAGAUGGCGCAGAUGAAAAUCGACUUCACCAAACUGAAGGAGGAUCUGUGCCGAUCGGAGAGCCGCAGGAAGGAGCUGGAGGAGAAAAUGGUGUCAGUGGUGCAAGAGAAGAACGAUCUUCUGCUUCAGGUCCAGGCGGAAGCUGACAACCUGCUGGACGCAGAGGAGCGAUGUGAAGGUCUCAUCAAAAGCAAAAUCCAGCUGGAAGCCAAACUGAAGGAGGCGACGGAGAGGCUGGAGGACGAGGAGGAGGUCAACGCUGAGCUGACGGCCAAGAAGAGGAAACUGGAGGACGAAUGCGCCGAGCUGAAGAGGGACAUGGACGACCUGGAGCUGACCCUGGCCAAGGUGGAGAAGGAGAAACACGCCGUGGAAAACAAGGUGAAAAAUCUGACCGAGGAACUCCAGAGUCAAGACGAAAACAUGUCCAAGCUGUCCAAAGAGAAGAAAGCUCUGCAGGAAGUCCAUCAGCAAGCGCUGGACGAUCUGCAGUCCGAGGAGGAUAAAGUCAAUUCUCUGACCAAAGCCAAAACCAAGCUGGAGCAACAAGUAGACGAUCUGGAAGGUUCUCUGGAGCAAGAGAAGAAGGUCCGAAUGGAUCUGGAGAGAGCCAAGCGGAAGCUGGAGGCAGAUCUGAAACUCGCUCAGGAAUCCAUCAUGGAUCUGGAGAACGAAAAGCAGCAGCUGGACGAGAAGAUGAAAAAAAAAGACUUUGAGUUAUCACAGCUGCAGACGAAGAUAGAAGAUGAGCAAGGAGUCAACGGUCAGCUGCAGCAGAAAAUAAAAGAGCUGCAGGCUCGUAUUGAGGAGCUGGAGGAGGAGAUGGAGGCCGAGCGCUCGGCUCGAGCCAAAGUGGAGAAGCAGCGGUCGGAUCUGUCGAGGGAGCUGAAGGAGACGGCCGAGAGGCUGGAGGAGGCCGCCGGCGCCGCCGCCGCUCAGCUGGAGACCGGCAAGAAGCGAGAGGCCGAGUUCAUCAAGCUGCGGCGCGAUCUGGAGGAGUGUUCGCUGCAGCACGAAGCCACGGCCGCCGCGCUGCGGAAGAAGCAUGCGGACAGCGUGGCCGAGAUGGGAGACCAGCUGGACAACGUCCAGAGAGUCCGGCAGAAACUGGAGAAGGAGAAGAGCGAGCUGCGGCUGGAGGUGGACGACCUGUCCAGCAACAUGGAGACUCUGGCCAAAGCAAAGAUUAAUCUGGAGAAAAUGUGCCAUUCACUGGAAGAUCAACUGAAUGAAGCAAAAAGCAAAGAGGAGGAAAAUCUGAGGCUCAUCAACGAUCUGUCCAGCCAGAAAGCUCGGCUGACGACAGAGCAUGGUGAGAUGUGUCGCCAGCUGGAGGAAAAGGAAUCGUUGAUGUCCCAGCUGACCAGAGCAAAGCUAGGCUUCAUUCAGCAGAUCGAGGAGCUGAAGAGACUUCAUGAGGAAGAGGGGAAGGCGAAGAACGCCCUGGCUCACAGUCUGCUGUCGGCGCGUCACGACUGCGAGCUGCUGAGGGAGCAGUACGAGGAGGAGCAGGAGGCCAAGGCCGAGCUGCACCGCUGCCUGUCCAAGGCCAACAGCGAGGUCGCCCAGUGGAGGAACAAGUACGAGAGCGACGCCAUCCAGCGGACCGAAGAGCUGGAGGAGGCCAAGAAACGCUUAGCGCUGCGCCUGCAGGAUGCAGAGGAAGCAGUGGAGGCCGUCAACUCCAAAUGCUCUUCUCUGGAGAAAACCAAGCAGCGCCUGCAGGGCGAGGUGGAGGACCUGAUGAUGGAGGUGGAGCGGUCCAACGCUGCUGCUGCUGCUCUGGACAAGAAGCAGAGAAACUUUGACAAGGUGCUGGCAGAGUGGAAGCAGAAACAUGAGGAGGGUCAAGCAGAGUUGGAAUCAGCCCUGAAAGAGGUUCGAUCUCUGGGGACGGAGAACUUCAAGAUGAAGAACGCCUUUGAGGAAUGCCUGGAACAGCUGGAGACCCUCAAACGGGAGAAUAAAAACCUGCAGCAGGAAAUAAUGGAUCUGGCAGAGCAGCUGGGGGAGAUGGGAAAAACGCUCCAUGAGCUGGAGAAGUCCAAGAAGCAGGCUGAGCAGGAGAAGAUGGAGGCGCAGGCUGCUGUGGAGGAAGCAGAGGCCUCUCUGGAGCACGAAGAGUCGAAGAUCCUGCGGGUCCAGCUGGAGCUGAACCAGCUGAAGUCGGAGGCAGACAGGAAGAUGGCAGAGAAGGAGGAGGAGCUGGAGCAGCUGAAGAGGAACGGCCAGCGGGCGGCGGACGCCAUGCAGAGCAACAUGGACGCCGUGAUCCGCAGCAGGAACGACGCGCUCAGGCUGAAGAAGAAGAUGGAGGGAGACCUGAACGAGAUGGAGGUCCAGCUGAGCCACGGCACCCGGCUGGCGGCCGAGGCCCAGAGGCAGCUGAGGAACACCCAGGUCCAGGUCAAGGAGCUGCAGAUGCACCUUGACGACUCCCUGAGGAACUCCGAGGACCUGAAGGAGCAGCUGGCCGUGUCAGAGCGCAGCAGCCACCUGCUGCAGGCCGAGCUGGAUGAGGUCCACUCGGCUCUGGAGCAGACGGAGCGGAGCCGCCGGCUGGCCGAGCAGGAGCUGCUGGACGCCAGCGAGAGAGUCCAGCUGCUGCACUCCCAGAACACCAGCCUGCUGAGCAGCCGGAAGAAGCUGGAGGCCGACCUGUCCGCCAUUAAGGCCGAGAUGGACGACGGCGUCCAGGCGGCCAGGAACGCCGAAGAGAGAGCCAAGAAGGCCAUCACCGAUGCGGCCAUGAUGGCGGAGGAGCUGAAGAAAGAGCAGGACACCAGCAGCCACCUGGAGAGGAUGAAGAAGAACCUGGAGGCGACGGUGAAAGACCUGCAGCAGCGCCUCGACGAGGCCGAGAGCCUGGCCAUGAAAGGAGGGAAGAAGCAACUCCAGAAGCUGGAAGCAAGGGUGAGAGAGCUGGAGAACGAGCUGGAAGCAGAGCAACGACACGGGUCCGAUUCUGCUAAGGCGCUUCGCAAGCUGGAGCGCAGGAUCAAGGAGCUCACAUACCAGUCUGAGGAGGACAGGAAGAACGUGACGAGGCUGCAGGAACUGGUGGACAAACUGCAGCUGAAGGUCAAAGCCUACAAGCGGCAGGCUGAGGAGGCGGAAGAGCAAGCUAACAGCCAUCUGAGCAAACUGAGGAAGGUUCAGCAUGAGUUGGAGGAGGCUGGAGAGCGGGCAGACAUCGCCGAGUCUCAGGUCAAUAAAAUGAGAGCCAAAAGUCGCGACUUGGCCAAGCCAAAAGACAGCGGCGAGUAGUCAUCACUGGUUGCCACGACGACAGCAAAACCUGAGUUAGUUUGCAACAUACUCUUAACCAAAGCUGCUUCACUUUAAAUUAAAGUCACUUUGUGCAAAAUUUCAUCUCAUGAUGCAUAACUUCAGACUUUAGAAUAAUAAGAGGAUUAUUUUCUUCACGCUGCUGCAGAGGUGGUUUUCUACCACCAGAGGGCGACAGCGCUGUGGCUUUACACAUCCUGACUUAAAUAAAAAGUGGAGCAGUUAUCUUCAGGAAGUGAUUGUGUGUGGUAUAGCUGUUGUAUGUUGCUUUAAACGUAAUAAAGUAAACAUGUAAAAAUUUAAUAUUCUUUUUCAUUUUAUAUUAGGACACAGAAAAAUCUUAAUGGAAAAAAUGUACAGUUAUUGUCUAACCAGUUGCAUUCGUCCUGCAGAGACAUCUGUUAGAAAACUUUUGUGUUAAUACAUUAAAAUGAACCGAUACAUUUUUGGAAAAGUGACAUGCAGUAAUCAAAGUAUUUAAUCCAACAGGAUGUCAGGAUUUGGAGAUUGACAGUUUAUUUUUUAUGAGUUAUUUUUCAUAUGUUUAGAGUCUAUUUAAAAAAAAUAUCAAAGGUUUACAGUUUCAUAGCUGUAAAGUAAUUUUUAAAUCUAACAUUCUGUUUAUGUUCAUAAAUGCAUCAUAAAUUUACAUUUUAACCCAUUAGAAAAAAGUUUUUUAGGUAAGUUUAUUGUACAUCAAAUUUAGAACCGUAAAUGAAGCAUUAAUAAAACAAAAAUUUAAAAAGGCAAUAAAAACUGAUAACAUGAAUGUUUCUCUAGAUGUUUUGAAAAGCAGCUACAGUCUGAAAAUUCAAAACACAUGAACUUUAUUGUUGAGAGUAACGUAAAACAAGACGUGUCACAGGUUGCCAUGGUGAUUCCCGCCUUUUCGGGAAGCUAAAAUGUGACAUACUGGGCCAAAAUUCACAAAACUUUGGAAACUAAUUCUGUAAAAACCAAAAACGGAAUCAAACUAAAAAAAUUCAACCAAGCAAAGUCAGAAUUUCUCAGUCCA